GAAAAUAGUCCAAUAGGUAGAAAAGUGUCUGAUUCUUCUUCUUCUUUCUUCUCUCUUCUCCGCCCUAAACCGAAUCAAAUAAACAAAAACUUCGCUUACUCUCUUCUCUUUUCCGUUCCGCCUUCAGAUUCAUUCACCAUGUACAGGAACGUUUCUUCGCGCCUCAGAACAAUUAGGGCUCGUUCGUGCAAUAGGGUGCCUUCUAGUACUAGAUUUGCGAGUUCGAGUUCGGUUGCGGCGAAACAAUCUUCUUCUGGUUUAGGUGGAAUAUUUGGAUGGUUUACUGGAUCAGGAUCACCUGCUUCUGUGCCGCUCGAUUUCCCGCUUCCAGGUGUUGUACUUCCGUCUCCUUUGCCUGAUCAUGUUGCGCCUGGGAAAACGAUUAUUACUACACUCCCGAAUGGAGCUAAAGUCGCGUCGGAAACAUCACCGUCUCCUGCUGCCUCGAUAGGUUUAUAUGUGGAUUCUGGUUCAAUCUAUGAGACCCCGUUAACUUUUGGGGCUACACACCUGCUUGAACGGAUGGCUUUCAAGAGUACUGUAAACAGGAGUCACUUUCGAGUGGUUCGUGAAGUAGAGGCGAUUGGUGGUAAUGUGCAGGCUUCGGCUUCUAGAGAGCAAAUGGGUUACACUUUUGACGCUUUGAAGACUUAUGUUCCUGAAAUGGUGGAGUUGCUUGUUGAUAUUGUGAGGAACCCUGCGUUUCUUGAUUGGGAGGUUAACGAGCAGCUUCUGAAAGUGAAGGCUGAGAUUGGUGAAGCUUCCAAAAACCCUCAAGACUUGCUAUUGGAAGCAAUUCAUUCUGCUGGUUUUUCUGGUGCCUUGGCUAAUCCUCUUUUAGCUUCAGAAUCAGCACUGGGUAGACUAAAUGGUGCACUUCUGGAAGAAUUUGUUGCCGAAAAUUACACCGCACCUCGAAUAGUACUUGCAGCUUCUGGUGUUGAGCAUGAGGAGUUGUUAUCCGUUGCCGAACCUCUUUUGUCCGAUUUACCCAGUGUCCCGCGUCCACAGGAACCAAAAUCAGUAUACACUGGUGGUGAUUAUCGUUGUCAAACUGAAACAGGGAGGACCCAUUUUGCUCUUGCAUUUGAACUUCCCGGUGGCUGGCACAACUUGAAGGAUGCUAUGGUUUUGACUGUUCUUCAGAUGCUAUUGGGAGGCGGUGGAUCAUUCUCAGCUGGCGGCCCUGGUAAAGGGAUGUAUUCACGGCUGUAUCUCCGUGUUCUGAAUGAGUAUCCACAAGUUCAUUCAAUUUCAGCAUUCAACAAUAUUUACAAUAAUACUGGCAUUUUUGGUAUUCAAGUCACAACAGGUUCAGAUUUUGUGUCAAAAGCCAUCGAUAUUGCAGCUAAUGAGAUUCUUGCAGUUGCUACCUCUGGUCAAGUUGACCAGGUACAACUGGAUCGUGCCAAACAAGCUACAAAAUCUGCAAUUUUGAUGAAUUUGGAAUCACGAAUGGUUGUUUCAGAAGAUAUUGGAAGACAAGUUUUGACAUAUGGUGAUAGGAAACCCGUGGAGGAUUUUUUGAAAGCAGUGGAUGAAGUAAAUUUGAAGGACAUUGCUUCAAUUUCUCAAAAGCUCAUUUCUUCCCCUCUCACAAUGGCAUCAUAUGGAGAUGUUUUAUAUGUUCCAAGCUAUGAAUCAGUGAGCAGGAGGUUCCGAUCGAAAUGAGAUUGAUUUUUAUCCAUCCUACGAUUCUUCUUGAAAUGCAAUCAAGUCUUGUAAGGCUAAAAGUGUAUAAUUAAGUUAAAAUCUUAUUAAUCCUUGUUGUAAUCAAUAAAUUAGUGAAUGUGUGCAAGCAGCAUCUGCAUAUCUCUUCAUUUUUGGGUACACAGCUAUUGAAUUUGAAUGACCUUGAAGCACAUCACAUGUAUGUUUUCUAGGUUGGGCUUUAAACUUCUGAAUAUUCGGACUGAAAAUCCCAUGCUGGGAAACAAAGUCAUAUUUAUUGAUCAGUAAACUUGUUUUGAAUUAAAUAAAAUAUAUUUGUUGAUGAA